AUGGAGAUCACCAACCUGGUCGCUAUUUUGGCAUUUCUUGGGACAGCUCAUGCUAAGGAUAUCUUGAACACUGCGAGAAAUGAGAAUGGAGGCACAGUGGCUACUGUGUUAACCGCUUCCGAGCCGCAGCGAAGAAAUGAAAUGGUGGACGAAUCUUUCGUUCAGCACAAAGAUAUUCUCUUAGAAAUGGUAACCCGGGGGAACCUAAAAGAACUGCGAGAGAAAAAGAAGAAAAAGCCCGAGAAAGACGGCGAAGGAAUUAACUGUGAAGCGUAUGGAAAGAUUCCCAGUCUGAAUCUAAAGGUGAAGGCGAGCGGAGUCAGCGCAGUCGGUGACGCUGACACUUCUCUCCUCUUUAGCGCGGAUAACAGCUCGCUAGCAGUAGAGUCUUCAGGAGUGGCGUCAUUGGGACGCGCGCAGGUGGCUCUUUCUGUAGCUGCAAAUGAAAGACCGUUCGGGGGUCUGUAUAUUCCAGGACUUCAACAUUUAUUUGCAGGUGCAUCCAAGGGAAUGUGUGAGGUACGAAACAAUAACAGCGGUAUCAAGGAGAAAAGUACUCCGGAUGUACAUUCUCAGAGAGCUAUUAACGUGACAAACCCAGUGGGCAUCACAAAAGCGAGCAAAACAAGCAAAAGCAGGGUUCGCUUAACGCCAUCGACUGCGGCUGCAGCUGCUGCGACUGCUGCUGCCGCGGCGGUCGGCCGUGGAGCGCGUGGUGGCCCACCGCCACUUCUGCGCUCGCGUACUCUGCCCGCCAUCGUGGCGCCGCCGCUCUCGAUCUUGCACGCGCAGAUCGACCCGCCUCGCGCACGCGCUGGUCAGUUCCCUUCAGCCUACACCCGACAGCUAUAUCUAUCUAUAUCUAAAACACUGGUAAUUACACAGACUCAUCGCAUUAAUAGCUUGAACCGGCGGAUCGAAGAGGGCUCUACUACACACAAUUAA